AUACAAUAAAGGAUAAAUGUACUGCGAAAUGCAUUUCUGUUGCUUACUUCUUUUAUAUUCUUAUACAGAAGAAAAAGAAGGCAUUUCUCUCAUAUAAAGAAUGAUGUACUACUCUACAAUUCGCUAAUAGACUUAUAUAUUUAUUAACCUUAUACGAAUACAAUAGUUUCAAUAUUGAUGAUCUUGUUGUUCACUUUCCUUAUGACAAAAUAUAUCCAGAACAGUACCAAUACAUGUGCGAUCUGAAAAAAUCGCUAGAUGCACAGGGUCACUGUGUAUUAGAAAUGCCUUCAGGAACUGGCAAAACAGUUUCCCUGUUGUCACUGAUUGUUGCUUAUCAAAUGCAAUACCCUGAGCAACAACGCAAAUUCAUUUAUUGCUCUCGAACUGUGCCAGAAAUUGAUAAAGCAUUAGCCGAAUUAAAGAAUUUGAUUGCUUAUAGAAAAAGUCAAGGUCUAGAAGAGGAUUUUCUUGGCCUUGGUCUUACCUCACGAAAAAAUUUGUGUCUUCAUCCUACUGUAUCUCGAGAAAGAAAGGGCAAAGUGGUAGACUCGAAAUGCAGAAAUUUGACAGCGAGUUGGGUUCGUGCAAAAGCAGGCGUCAAUAAAGCAAACAAUGGAGAAGAUGCCAUGGAAGUGGAUCAACCGCGGCAGACAGAAUUAUGUAACUUUUAUGAGACAUUAGAGGCAGCGAAUACACCCAAUCCAAUUCCAAAUGGUGUAUACACAUUUGAUGAUUUAAAGUCGUUCUGUAAGACUAUGUCUUAUUGUCCUUAUUAUCUUGUGCGACGGGCUAUUGCCUUUGCGAAUGUAGUCAUUUAUUCUUACCAUUACAUGUUGGAUCCCAAAGUAGCUGAGCUUGUUUCUCGAGAAUUAUCGAGAGAUUGUAUUGUUGUGUUUGAUGAGGCACACAAUAUUGACAACGUAUGCAUUGAAUCUCUUAGUAUUGAUUUGACAAGGCCCAUACUAGAUGCAAGUGCAAGAAGUGUGGGCGUAUUGGCUGAUAAGAUUGAAGAAAUAAAGAAAACAGAUGCUGAGAGACUGAAGAACGAAUACUCAAAACUAGUAGAAGGAUUGAAAGAUGCAAAUGCAGCAAGAGAUGAAGACACAUUUAUGGCCAAUCCUAUCUUACCAGACGAUCUUUUAAAAGAAGCUGUGCCUGGUAAUAUUAGAAGAGCAGAACAUUUUGUGGCAUUUUUAAGAAGAUUUAUAGAAUACUUGAAGACUCGUCUGCGUGUGAUGCAUGUAGUAGCAGAGACACCUGCUUCUUUCUUACAGCAUCUUAAAGAUGUGACAUAUAUUGAACGAAAGCCAUUAAGAUUCUGUGCAGAACGUCUGUCGAGUCUUGUUCGAACCCUGGAAUUAACAGACUUGGAACACUUUAGUAGUCUGCAAAAAGUCGCUGCUUUUGCUACUUUGACAUCUACUUAUGAUAAAGGCUUUUUGCUUAUUUUAGAGCCAUUUGAGACCGAGACUGCAACUGUACCUAAUCCUAUCUUACAUUUCACUUGUUUGGAUGCUUCCAUUGCUAUCAAACCUGUGUUUGAUAGAUUUAGUACAGUAGUCAUUACUUCUGGUACUUUGUCUCCACUUGAAAUGUAUCCUAAAAUGCUCAACUUUCAAGCUGUUGUCCAAGAGAGUUAUUCUAUGACACUUUCUAGAAACUGUUUCCUUCCUAUGAUUAUUACCCGUGGCUCUGAUCAAGUGGCCAUCAGUUCCAAAUUCGAAGUAAGAAAUGACCCUGCAGUUGUCCGUAACUUUGGCCAAAUUAUGGUGGAAAUGUCAAAGAUUGUGCCUGAUGGUAUGGUCUGCUUCUUUCCUAGCUAUUUGUAUAUGGAAUCUAUUGUCUCUAUGUGGAAUGAUAUGGGCAUACUAAACGAAGCCUGGAAAUACAAGUUAAUCUUUGUGGAGACACCAGAUGCUGCAGAAACAAGUUUGGCAUUAGCUAAUUAUCGCAAAGCGUGCGACAAUGGUCGUGGUGCCAUUCUAUUGUCUGUUGCUCGAGGCAAAGUGUCUGAAGGUAUUGAUUUUGAUCAUAAUUAUGGUCGUGCUGUCAUUAUGUUUGGUAUUCCAUACCAAUACACUGAAUCACGUAUUUUGAAGGCUCGCCUAGAAUAUCUGCGUGAUAAUUUACACAUUCGUGAGAACGAUUUCCUUACAUUUGAUGCUAUGCGACAUGCUGCUCAAUGUGUAGGCCGUGUAUUAAGAGGUAAAACAGAUUAUGGUCUCAUGAUAUUUGCAGAUAAGGUAAAGAAAAUUUUCUUUAAGGUAUCCACUCAUCGUUUUCUAUUAGCGGUUUGCAAGAGCCGAUAAGAGAGCCAAGUUACCAAAGUGGAUUAAUCAGUAUAUUACAGAUGCAUCAACAAACUUGUCGACAGAUAUGUCAUUAGUGGUUGCUAAAAAGUUCUUGAGAUCUAUGGCACAGCCUUACGAAACAAAUCAAACUGGUAUUUCUUUAUGGACUGUCAAAGAUAUCGAAAAACAUGCAGCCUAGCUAUAGAUUAAAAUAAACGCAUAUCAUUUGCCCAAGAAUAUCUUGAUCUUGCUUAUAUGAUUAUUGUGCGUUAUAUUAUCUCUUUUUACUUAAUAUUGUAUUUUUCAGCAAUUAAGAGACAGUCUCAGAGAAAAUAAGAGAAAAUUAUUGGAUAAAAUAAGAGAAAAUUUUAGAUCAAUUAAGAGAAAACUGACCAAUAAAAUAAGAGAAAAACACAGGAAAAAUUAAGAGAGAAAAAAAGGGGCAAUUAGUAGAAAGC